UUUAUUAACGCCAUUAACGUCUUACUUCUUACAUCGUCUUCGUCAGAUUUGUUCAGCUCUGCUUGUCUCUUUUUAUCUCUUCCCAUAUGAAUGAUGAGAGUAGAACAUACACGGUGGAUGAAGCACUUGUUGCCCUUGGCUUUGGGAAUUUCCAAGUCCUUGUGCUUAUCUAUGCUGGGAUGGGUUGGAUUUCUGAAGCUAUGGAAAUGAUGCUUCUCUCUUUUGUUGGACCAGCUGUGCAAUCAGCUUGGGGUCUUUCUACUCAUGAAGAGAGCUUACUGACUAGUGUGGUUUUUGCUGGAAUGUUCAUUGGAGCCUACUUAUGGGGUAGAAUUUCAGAUAAGUAUGGAAGGAGGAGAGGGUUUCUUAUGACAGCAGUAUUUACUGCAACAGCUGGCUUUCUAAGUGCUUUUUCCUCAAAUUUCCCUCUGCUGAUUAUACUCCGUUGUUUAGUUGGUAUUGGUUUAGGCGGAGGACCUGUUCUCUCUGCUUGGUUUUUGGAGUUUAUUCCUGCUCCUCAUCGAGGCACUUGGAUGGUAGUAUUUUCAGGCUUCUGGACUGUUGGUACAGUUCUUGAGGCUUCACUUGCUUGGACUGUCAUGCCAAGGUUGGGUUGGAGGUGGCUACUUGGCUUUUCAGCUCUCCCCUCUUCACUGCUUCUUUUGUUUUAUGGGGUAACACUGGAGUCACCUCGGUAUUUAUGCAUGAAAGGAAGAAAAACAGAGGCACUUGUUGUUUUGGAGAAAAUUGCGAGAAUGAAUGGUAGAAAGCUUCCUUGUGGUAUUCUUGUCUCUGAUAACCAAAUUGAGCUAGAUGAACAUUUGUCUGUAUCAGAAGAUAAAGAGUUGCUAUCUCCAAGUGCUAGUGGAGAUGUGACACUCGGACAAGUGGAAUCUAGUCAAGGAGGAGUCUCACCACUAGUUACUCUCCUUUCACCAGAGUUAGCUAAGUCAACCAUUCUUUUGUGGAUGGUAUUCUUUGGAAAUGCAUUUUCGUACUAUGGCCUCGUUUUACUGACCACAGAGUUAAGCGGUGGACAAAAUAAAUGCAUACCAGCUGAAUCGCAACUCAAAAAUUCUCAUGAUGUUAGCUACAGAGAUGUCUUUAUAACUAGCUUCGCAGAAUUCCCAGGUCUUAUUCUUUCUGCAGCAACAAUUGACAAACUCGGUCGUAAACUCUCGAUGUCUAUUAUGUUCUUCCUUUGUUGCAUGUUCCUUAUCCCUCUUGUGUAUCAUCAACCUCAAGGAUUAACGACAGGCCUUCUAUUUGGGGCUCGCGCUUGUAUAACAGCAACCUUCACAAUUGUCUAUAUUUAUGCUCCAGAGAUAUAUCCUACAUCCGUGAGGACCACUGGUGUUGGUAUUGCAAGCUCGGUGGGAAGAAUUGGAGGAAUGAUAUGUCCCCUCGUGGCAGUAGGUCUGAUGCAUGGAUGCCAUCGAUCUCUAGCCAUUCUUCUAUUUGAGAGUGUUAUGCUGCUAUCAGGUGUAUGCGUAUAUCUUUUCCCAUUUGAAACAAAGGGUCGUCAAUUGAGUGAUAACGUACCUUGAUCAAAGCUGCCCAACACAUUUACUUGAAUUGAUCAGUCAUUUAUAGCUCAGUUCUUCUUUGAAAAAACUCAUACGAUCAAAACAUGUCGGAUCACACACUCCUAAAUUUCCAAAAGUCUGGUGACUGGAAAUAUCCCCAUGCAUGUUCCUGGUGUUUAUGCUUUUGCCAAAGCUCACGUUGAUAUAAAAAAAAAACUAUUGCGACAUGACCAAACGGACAAAUUAUGGGGAAAUUUGGAAAACAAUCAUCUGAAUUAGGACAGGAAGCAAUAAUGGAGACCACAUUUCGCAUGAAUAUUUUUCAUUCCCAAAUGUCUUUGUUUGAUUCAUUCCACACUUCACAUUGUACUAGGAGCGGGGAAUGUGAACUGGGAAAUUAGUUUUUCAUUUUUCUAUUUUCUUUUAGUCUUUGAGCGUAUUCAAUGUAUACUUUUAUAGUCGUUUUUAGCAUCCCACGAUUAGCGUACAUUUGAAACUUUUGGACAAGAUGAAUUAUUCAUGUAUUAUAUUUUUUAUGACGACGGUAUGUGCGA